AAAUUAUAAUGAUAAUAGUGAUUCAAAUCAAUUAAGAAAUGAUGUAAACCGACGAAAUUCAUUGUCCCUACAUGCACAUUACACGCCAAACAGACAGCCAGUUUUCGUUCCUAGGGCAAAGAACAUUGCUAAAGAAAGUGAACAGCCAAAUAUUUCGAAUCGAAAUCAAAAUUCAAAUUAUAGAGGAAGUGAUAGAAACUAUCUACUGCCGCCGCCGCGAGCAGGAAACUUGCAAAGAAUAAAUUUGUCACAUCCAGUUGAAACUUGCACUGUUACACAAAUACGGCCACAUGAGCGUCCUAAUGCAAAUUCUAUUGUGAAUAGUUAUAUACCAAAACGGAAUAUGACUUUACAAACAUAUCCGGCUGUUGGUACGUCCGGCAUCACUAAUAUGAAUACGCCAAAACAACAAAAACCUGAAGAGGCCAGCUCUGAAAUGAAACGUUUCGGAUCAAGUCCAGAGGAAAAAUUAUGUAUUUUCACUGGAACAGUGGAAAAACUGAUUCAGUGGAACAAAAUAUUAACGAAAAAUUUAUAUUACUAUGAAGUUAUAGCUACGAUGGUUUCCUUGAGAGAAGGUAAAGUAAGAACCCAAAAAAUAAUGCUUCUGAGGAAUAGGUCUGGUCCUGUUCUACAAGUAGUUUAUUAUACGGUGACUCACAUUGAUUUGGAAGAUUUUUAUCUGGACAAGAUAGUCAGAUGCGUAGGAUACAUGUCUGGACAUAAUGUUUUGAAUGCUUUUAGUAUCAGAGGUGCCACUCAAGAAGAAGUUGAUAAUCUUGAAAGAUUUACCUUGAUAAGCGAUCAAUCGGUUUCUCUGCAAUUAAAAAAAUAAGUCUUAUUUAAGUUAAUAGUGUAAUAAUGUCGUUAAAUAAUAGAAUUUGAAAUAAACAUGUUUACGUUAUCAGUUAUUUGAUUAUAAUCUAGGGCGGAUCCGUUGGGAGUAGAGCCUCAGCCAAGAAUUAUGAAAAAUGGCCAUUUACAUGCCUACAACUCACAAUUUAAACGAGGAUGGUUCAAAUAUUAACCAGAAUUUUUGAAUAGCCGCGCGAAACAUUUUGUCGUGAAAAUUACGAAGC